GCGCCGUUUCCUGUUGGCAAUAGCAGCCAUUUACGUCAUGACCGUUUUGCAAAAACAAUCUUGUGUCCCUUGAAGUUGCAGCGUCACUGCAUACCAUUCACUUACGCCUCAAAGCUGCAUGUUCGAAAUUUCGUUUCCCUUUAAUGUUGCAUGGCUCGCAAAUUGAACCGAAAGACUUCUAACUAUCUAAUUUCUGACCUGGAUUUGUCAAAAAAGUGCAUGUUGCACUGCCAUAUUCCCUUGCUAACAUCAGGCCCUAGAUUAGCUCUUGCCAGGUAUCACCAUGGACGCAGGAACUAACCCUUCUUCCCGCGCCGGUGAAAUGCCAGCCAGCGCCGAUGCAAACCCCGCCGCCGGCGACCAAGAACAGGGAACCGGCAUCGUGGAUCUUCUACCAAUACCGGACAACAUCCAACCGGUGACGGACCCCACCCAUAAAGACAACCAUAGCACCAAUGGAGUGCUCGAGCUGAACCAUGGACGUACCGAGGCGGCGGAUUUGGGAUGGCACGAAAAGAAGCAGAACAUUGCAGAGCCUCUGAUCGGAGGUCUCUCCAACGAGGAGCUCUGGAUCUUGGUUAGGCGAUUCAACAAGCAAAUGUACCAUGUGAAAGCAUCGCCUUACCCGGUAGCAGGAAAUCUUGACUUGAACUUUGCAGAGGAAGAAGAGUUCUCGCCCGACAAAUUGCGGGCAAAGCUGGAGCGACUUUACACGACUGUGAUUGUUGGACUGCUGGCGACUGUCAAACAUGUUGCCCGUCUUCGAUCUUGGAGAGAGUCUAGGCGGACUGCAUGUUUCUGUGCUGCCUACGUUUUUGCAUGGACCUUCGACUGCCUUGUUUUCCUCUUGUCGGCCACCGUUCUCACUCUUAUAGUGUAUGCACCAUCCCGAGCCUUUCUGUUCCCACCAGCCCCCAUGUCACUCGUCAGCAGCAAACACGGCGGUGUGCAAAAACCCAAAUCUGGUGUUCUUGGAAGCCAUGACAGCGUCACAGGAGCGCCAGAGAACCACAAGGGCGAGGCUGUCGAGCAGGAAGCAAGCAACUUUGUCAACGGAAUGACUUCGGUCGCCCUCAGCAGUGCUGUUGGCAAGCAUCCGCAAGACGAUGCGGAUGGCGAAGAUGGCGCACUGGACUCGGCCGGCGGACCAGACCCUACCACCAUCGCUGUCGGUACGGCCGAUGCGAGGGAGAAGGCUCAGGGCAAAGAUACCGAUGCCAGCAAAGACAAGACAAAGGUGCCCAUGGAGACGGCCAUGUGGACAAAGAUGCGCCCCAUUAUGCACGCUAUCACUGAAGUGACUGACACCUGGGAGCGAUUUGCCAACGCGCUUUCACCAACUCGACCUUUCCCCCAAGAGGUUGCUCGCCUCCGCCUUGGCACUCUCGUUCUUCCAGUGGUUGCUGCAUCGCUACUUGUGUCAUCCUACGUUUUUGUCAAAGCGAUAACUGCAGGUAUCGGCUUUGUAUUCUUUGGGGAGCCCAUAAUUACCCGGGGACUGAACUGGUUGAACAGGACGGUGCCCAAUUGGCAGAAGCUCUUGGAGUUACGAAACACCGCACUCAAAGGUGUCCCGACUAAUGCUCAGCUCACAAUCACGCUUCUUCGAAUUGGCGAGAACAACAAAGCACCCGUCCCACCACCCCCUAGAAUUACCGAUGGACCGCCUGACCAGCCGGCUCAUGUUACCGAUGAACACCUUCGGGCCACUGGAGCCGAGCCUCCCCUCAAUGCCACUGCGGAGGAGCUAGAUGAAGCCAUGGCCCACAACCCACGAACCAAGUACGAGACGGACGGUACAGACAUUGAAGCAUCCAAGUCGAGCAAGCACGGCAAGGUGGGGAGCAAGAUCAUGGGUCUUUUCAAGGGAACCUCGAAAGGUGGUGUGAAGACGGCAAUCGGUACAGACACGAUGCGCGCAAAGGUCCUUGGUUCGCAUCCUGCCAAAGAGAGACUGGGUGUUGUGCCACCCAAGAAGGGAGAGACGGACAUCAAGACGGGCCCUGUAGAGUUCAAGGCCCGACACGAGGGUAGAAAGGGUCGCAUCUACAUCAGCGCGACACCGGCACUUGUUGGCUUCAGCACCAAGGAGGGUGAUAGCGACGAUGGACACAAGGCCAGCGAAGAUGUAGUGCACCCCGAGUGGAGCGUUGCCGUUUCUGAGAUAGCGGAGCUCAGGAAGUUUGGCGGGUAUGGAUGGAAGGCGAAGCUCAUUGUGGGUUGGUCGCUGGAGCGAAAAGUUGAGGACGGCCUUGAGAUUAUUACGCACAGUGGCAAGAGCUUCAAGGUUACGGCUUGUCCGCUGCGUGAUGAGCUCUUCAACCGUCUCGUCGCUAUGGGCGGCCAGAAAUGGGUUGCAUGGUAGACUGCUGAGAUAUUACAGAUUCAAUGUCUGCCAUUGUAUGUUGAUCAAACUUUAACGAAUUCAGUCCCAUGUACUCUAAAUUCUAGCGAGCAAAUUUAGCCAACACUGUGGCUUAUCAGUAUUGCUUAAACCUGCUUUGUUUAUUUGCAGGGUUACAUACAUUUCUUUCAAAUCAGAUUACCCUCUACACAACCAACCGAAAAUGAAUACGUUUAC